AUGGAUGACAAGCAUGUUCAUAUUUAUCUACUGGAUAUAAUAAAUGGAAUGCGAGGCAUGCUUUAUGUGGAGAUAGAUGAGGUACGGGUGAAAGGUGAAUGUGAACAAAAUGUUGAAGAACAACCUAUAAUUCCUGCUGGUGAAAGUGGUGUUGGAGUGACUGAAUGUGAUGGUGAUCGUGAUGAUGGUGGUGAUGAUUUGGCCCUUGAGGUGGUAGCAGACUCUCGGUUUUCGAAUUCUGUAUUCAGUUUCAGUGAUGGAUUAAAUAUCACAAUUGGCCAUGAGUUUGAGAAUAAGGAAGCAGCACAAGAAUUUGUUCGCAAGGGUGCAGCUGUAGGUCGUUUACGUUACACUACACUGAAGUCCGAUAAAAAGUUGUGGGAAAUAAGAUGCAAAUUUGCUGAAUCGGGCUGUAAUUUGAAGUUGCGGACGACAUUGAUUUUAAACUCAGAGCGUUGGAGUGUAAGAAAACACAUUCUCAUGCAUAGUUGCAAACCCGUAUCUGAAACAAGCGAAGCUUUGAGGGGUACAAAGAAAUUGGUUCGGGACUAUUUGAAGGAAGAAUUCUCCGGUAAACUUGAUAGUACGCCUUCAGCACAUGAAAUUGUAGACAGGGUAAAAGCCAAAUACGGUACAACCAGAAAUCCCGGAACAAUUGUCGGUCUUGAGUUGGACAAAGAUGGCAAAAGUUUCAAAUAUCUAUUUUUCGCAUUGGGUGCAACGGUAAGAGGAUGGAAUUACAUGCGUAAAGUGAUUGCGAUUGACGCAACAUUUCUCGUGGGACAAUACAAGGGUACAUUGGUCGUUGCAACGGCACAAGACGGUGACCACCAUCUAUAUCCAUUAGCCUGGGGUGUUAUUGACAGAGAAAAAGAUGCAUCAUGGAGGUGGUUUAUGAAAAUGUUAAUAAAGGCAAUCCCAGAUGGACCUGAUGUUGUCGUGAUUUAUGAUCGACAUAGGAGUAUAAUAAAGGCCAUCAGCGAAGUGUACAAAGAAGCAGGGCACGGAUUUUGUGCGAGACAUAUAGCGCAAAAUUUGAAAGUCAAGGUUAGCAGAGGCAUGGGAAGGAAAAGUUUGAGAGGUGAGACCAUUGUCGAACGGUUCUUCAAAUGCGCAAAAGCUUAUACGUUGAACGAAUUUGAAAACCUGUUUAAUGAUAUGAAGGACAGGUAUCCCAAAGUUGCGGAGUAUAUGCAGAAAGAAGAAAUUGAUCCCAAGAAAUGGGCGAGGUGUAAAUUUAAGCAUGAAAGGUACAAUUUAUUGACAACAAAUACGACGGAAUUAAUAAAUUCUGCAAUGAAAAAGGUAAAAAGGUUUCCGGUGCUGGGCCUUGUGGAUAUGUGUGUCUCCAAGACCGUAGAAUGGUUCGAUAGAUAUAGAGUGGAAGCAGGAUGUGCCGAUGAUUCACAAAAAAUGACACCACAUGUUGACAAAGUGAUGCAUGAGAGGUAUGAGACUGCAUGUACAUAUGAAGUCAUUGUGCUAAACACUGUUACAGAGGAGUUUGAAGUGAGGGAUGAAAAGGGUAGAAAACACUUUGUUAGCAUUGAAGAUAGAACGUGCAGUUGUAGGGUGUUUGAUAUCGAUAAGAUCCCAUGCAGCCAUGCAAUUGCAGCACUUCAUAAGGUUAGUAAAGCGAAUGUUAUACCAGACUUGUGUUCUCCAUAUUAUACGCGGGAGGCAUGGCGUCUUGCCUAUCAAGAAACCAUGUAUUCGGUCCUCGAUUGCUAUGAAUGGAUUAUCGAUGAUCCGGAUGUUGCAAAUCUUAUGGUUAUGCCUCCUAUAAUGGAUGAGAAAUGGCCAUGUGGGAGGCCUAAACAAAAUCGGUAUCCUGGUCCUGGUGAAGUACGGAAGAGAAUCAAAUGUGUAGCGGGAACAUCAACAUCGACAAUGUCAGAGAGAACGACUAUUUUGGAGUGA